AUGAUACCUAGCACCGUAUGGAAAGGAGUUACGACAUAUUCUUCCGUCGGUUCAGGCUGCUGGAGAAUGCCAAAAUGGACCAGGUUAGGGCCAGCAUGGAGAAUGGGUGAGGAUGAGGAAGCUAACAAGUUCUUUGACUGCGCCAUUUCCCUAGCGGAGUUCGCCGCUGGAAAAGAGGUUUGCGUGCUUCCACGGUGCGGUCAUGGCUUCCAUGUCGGAUGCGUUGACACUUGGCUCGGUUCCCACUCCUCCUGCCUCUCUUACCGCCGAUUACGGCCGUCAGCCGGUGUCAGAAAUGAGGAAAUUUGCCGGUCACCACCUCUUCAUCCUCCGCAGCAACCAACUAUAGAGCUCAACCUCAGCCAGCAUCCAAACCAAUAG